AUGUGUCGAAGAAAUCUCUUACCGAUCGUCAUAUCCGUCUUCGUGACUUACUGUUUCGUCUCUGUGUCCGGACAGAUUUGCGUGAACACUGCAGGGACUUUCAGGCCAAACACUACGUAUGACUCAAACCGUCGACUCAUCCUCUCAUCUCUUGCCUCUAAUGUCACGGCUCGAGACGGCCUCUUCUAUAACUCUUCGAUCGGGGAAGAACCAGACAGAGUCUAUGCAACUAGCUUGUGCAUCCCUGGAGCUCAAUCAAAGGAUUGCUCAGAUUGUAUAACAAGGGCGGUUACAGAGUUAAUACAGAACUGUCCUAACCAAACAGAGGCUUUCUCAUGGCCAGGCACCAAAACUCUCUGCAUGGUUCGUUACGCCAACCGUUCAUUCACUGGAUCAAUGGAUCUAGAGCCACACACGUUGAGGUACAACACCGGAAACAUCACCAUUAAUAUGUCUGAAUUUGAUCGAAUCUGGGAUGCGUUUACGCUUCGGAUGAUAGAUUCAGCUUCCAGUGGACGCAACGGAGCUUCAUCGUCUUCUAGUAACAAGUACUACGCGGCGGAUGUGACUUCAUUGACGAAGUUCCAGCGAGUAUACGCGUUGAUGGAGUGCACCCCGGAUUUAUCACCGGGGAACUGCGACGCUUGUCUACGAGCAAGUGUUAGGAGGUAUCAAGAGUGUUGCCGUGGGAAUCAAGGCGGUGUUGCUCGGAGGCCGAGCUGUUUCUUCCGGUGGGAUCUUUAUCCUUUCUUAGGAGCCUUUGAUAAUAUUACUUCGGCAGCACCUCCACCGCAGCCUCCUACUGGCGAUGAGGACGAUGGCGAUUCGCUUUCAGUGGGAGCUAUUGUGGGUAUUGCGGUAGCAACCGUCGUCGUCUUCUUCUCGCUGCUGCUGGCUCUUGUGUUUGCUUUUUAUCGGAGGAAAAAAUCGUACCGAGAUGUUGGUUUUCAAUCUGGUGAUGAUAUAUCUGUUACACAUUCGUUGCAAUUUGAUUUUAAAACGAUUGAAGCUGCAACUGAUAAGUUUUCGAGGAGUAAUAGGCUCGGUCAAGGUGGAUUCGGUGAAGUAUACAAGGGUAUACUUCCAAAUGGAACUGAAGUUGCCGUGAAAAGACUAUCCAAAACAUCAGGACAAGGUGCACAAGAGUUCAAAACAGAGGCUGUUCUAGUAGCAAAGCUUCAACACCGAAACUUGGUUAGGCUUCUCGGGUUCUGUCUUGAAGGAGAUGAAAAAAUUCUCGUCUACGAGUUUGUUCCCAACAAGAGCCUCGAUUAUCUAUUGUUUGGUAUGUUUAUGUAUGAACGUGCAGACCCUAAAAAGCAAGGUCAGUUGGACUGGACGAUGAGAUACAAGAUCAUUACAGGGAUUGCCCGAGGGGUUCUAUAUCUUCAUCAAGAUUCACGGCUUACAAUCAUACACCGUGACCUCAAAGCUAGUAACAUUCUUUUAGAUGCAGAUCUGAACCCGAAGAUUGCGGAUUUUGGCAUGGCCAGGAUUAUUGGUGUUGAUCAAACCCUGGACAAUACAAACAGAAUAGUUGGAACAUAUGGUUAUAUGUCUCCCGAGUACGCAAUGCAUGGCCAGUACUCGACAAAAUCUGAUAUCUAUAGCUUCGGGGUUUUAGUUCUUGAGAUCAUUAGUGGCAAGCGCAAUAGCAGCUUCAACCAAACAGACAACAAUGCCAGCAACUUGGUCACAUAUGCAUGGAAGCUAUGGAGAAAUGGAUCACCGCUAGAACUCUUGGAUGUAACUAUUAUAGAGAGUUGUGACAGCAGCGAAGUUAUCAGAUGCAUACAUAUCGCAUUAUUAUGCGUUCAAGAAAAUCCUAUUGAUCGUCCAAAUUUGUCUACGGUCAUCUUGAUGCUCACUAGUAACACAAUCACCUUACCGGUGCCUCACCAACCUGGUUUUUUCUUCCGGAGCGAACUCAAUCGAUACAUAGCAGCUGAAGACUUGGAGUCAGGUCAAUCUACUGGAAAUUUUAUUCCUUUCUCUAUAAAUGAUGCAACAAUUAGUGAUUUAGAUCCUCGUUAG